AUGUCGUUCCGAGAACGCGCAGAAGCUCAGCUCGCAGAGCUAGAGCUGCUGACCAGCAUGUUCCCCACGCGUGAAGAACUGGAGAUAGUGGAUCAGCUGGCUCUGGCCGAGUUACGGGACUACGUGGAAGCCCAGAGCUCGUCCUUGUCGGUACAACCUCCCUCCUCCAGACCGCAGUUCGUCAUCAAGCUCAGGCUGGAGGAUGACACAGGAGACGCUGACGUGGUGGAUUUCAUUCUCUCCUGCACGUAUCCUCCUGAAUAUCCUAGUAUGGUCCCGGAGUUAACAGUCCAGUGCGGUGGAUUGAGCCGAGCCCAGCGGACGCAGCUCCACGCGGCCCUCCGCGCUCACCUCGCCGAAACCUGCUCUGGAGAAGUUUGCGUCCUGCCGGCGGUGGUGUGGCUAAAAGACAACUUGCGCACUUUCGUCGAUGCAAACUCGUCAGCGCCACCACAGCUUGAGAGCGACGCGGCGGGCGAGUUGUUCACUCGCCUGUGGAUCUACAGCCACCACAUUUACAACAGCGCCAAGAGGAAGAACAUCUUGGAAUGGGCCAAGGAGCUCCAAUUGUCGGGUUUCAGCAUGCCGGGGAAGCCUGGGAUUGUUUGCGUGGAAGGCGCACGAGAGGCUUGCGAGGAGUUCUGGGCCAGAGUGAAGUCUCUUACCUGGAAGCGAAUCAUGAUUCGCCACCGAGAAGACCUUUCCCUCCGCGACUCGCCGGACUUGGACUCCCUUCGCAAAUUCUCCGCUUUCCAAGAAGCCGUUUUUGAGCCGCGAGGAAAACACAUGGACUUGGGCCUGCUAUAUCAGUUCUUGCGGGAGAGAGGCUGCCACGACGUCUUCCAGAUGUUUUUCGGCGUGGAGGGAAAGAGCUAG